UCAAUGGGUAAAACUUGGGCAUCGAAGAUACUGAGUCAAGCCCGUCUGAGGARGGUUAGUACCUGGAUGGGUGUCCUAAGCAUCGUACCUACUUAAAAAAGCUUUUGUUCCUGAAUGUUUUUAAUUAAUCUAUUAUAAAUAGACUACAAUUCGUUUUAGGUGAGAAAUCUUCGAAAAUCAAAAACUUUCGGGCAUUCCAGGGUAUUAGAAGGAGAUUAGGACCCCUUUUUUGCAGCUACUUCGUCUUUUCCUGCACUAUGGGGUAUUGGGGUAGCUGUGUUAUUUCAUGAUGGACUGGUGACUAGCGCUUUAAACGCGCGAAAGUUUGAAGAAGAAGACAGAGACUAAAACUUAAUUUGUGGGUUAAAAGCUUCCUUUUCUAGUCUUUUGGAGGUGAAUUUAUGGUAGAGAGCACCACAGGAAGAGUCUAAUAUGUCAUUUUGUUCGAAAUAUGGGAUCAUUUCCGUAUGAGUUUUGGUUUUUACGAAGAUUUGAGCCUGUAAAGUUAAACAGUCGUGCCUUCAUUGUUCAAAAUGGCGGCUCACUUUGGUCAAGGUGUCCCGUGCAAUAACCUCGCUCAACAGCUAGAAAUGUUCAACAAGAACAAAAAGAUAUCAGGGAACUUAUCUAAAGGAAAGAAAGGUUCUGAUUCUAAAGAAAAUGGUCCAAGUUUAUUCCAGUUUUUCAAAAAGGAUAAAUCUAACGUACAGAUUGCAGCUUCAAAACCUCUCAGUCAAGUACCUGUAAACAUUUCUACACCAAUACAAAGUGAAAGCUCAAGUACAUGCAAGGAAAGUACACUUUCUGUUGGAAAACAGGUGGCUCGUAUACAGCCUUUUAGUAAGAGUGAUAGCCAAGAAGGACCUCAAUCACAAAGUUUAAAGAAACCUGUCAAUGUCAGUCAGAAUCAACUGAUUCCUGUUACCCUUGAUAAUGAUGAUAAUGACUUUGAUAUAAAUACCAGUAGUUCUCCUCAUUCCAAGAAGAUAAAGUUACAUCACUCUACUUCUCCUGCUUGUAAAGAAGGAGGCAAAGAAAGAAAAGAAAGCCCAGUAAAAAUGAAAGAAGUGGAGCCUGUUGUUGAUCUAACACUUGAUACUGAUGAAAUCAACUGGAGCUUUGGUAUUGGGUCUGAAGAUGAUGCCCUACUAGAUGCUUACCAGCUCAAUCAAGGUCAUGAUGGCAUAGAUGAUGCUGAGAACCAUAAGAAUAAUGAUGAUGAUGAUGACAUUGAGGGUGCUCCUGAUAGUCCCACACUGCCGACCUACUACUCUCCACCACCAUCACCGCAGCCUGCAACACAGGAAAUACCAACUGAAGACUGUGAUAACUACCUUUACAAUGAAGAUGAACUUGAGGAACUAGAAAGGGAAAAUGUUCUCAAAGCCCAAGAUAAAGUAGCCCUGCAUCCGUUACUGAAACAGACCCCAAGACAGACCCCUACUACACAGAUUCAAGACGAACUUCUCGAAAUACAAACCCUACAAACCAAAACAAUGGAAGACAUUUGUUGUAUAAUUGAUAAAGUUGACACAGACGUAUUACGAAGAUCAUUACCAGUAGACGUCAGUGUAGACAAGCUAACAGAUGCGCAAAAUCUCAGAAAGAAGCUGAGAUCCAAGGCGGGCAAACUAGAAGCCAUGUUAAAGCAGCGGGGAGAGAGCAUUAAUGUAACUCCAGUUACUAGAACAACACAGCAGACAAGUACAACUGGCGGGAGAUCAAACUUGUGCAGUACACCGGCCAUAGUCAACAACAGAACUUCUACAAGUACUACUGGUUCCUUUAUACAAUCACCUCCUUGUGGGGAGAGUUUUUACUUUGACAAUAACAAUUUUACGGCGAAUUCUAGUCUUGGAGUAUCGACUUCAACUUCGUCAAACUGGAGAAAUGAUAACGAAAAUAGGAAUUCUGUAUCUAGUGCAUCUACGAGUUUUGUUCCACAAGAAAUCUCCGAGGAUUGUGACAGUGAAGAUGACUGGGAGAUGGCAUGCAUGUUGGAACAGUCGUACUUUAACAAGACUAACCGGGCCACAGCAACAGUGUCUAGUGCGAAGUCUACGCCUCAAUUUAAAAAAGGUCUUAAUUUGUCCAAGUCAUCAGCAUCGACUUCACAGAAUUUAAACAGCAGCUUUGGACCUUCUCCCGCGAAGAAAACGAUGAUACCCAAUGAUGGUGAUGAUGACGAGCUCCGUCGCACAGACUUCCCUUUCUCCAAAGACAUGUGGAAGAUCCUACGAGAUAUCUUCCGCAUCAAGAGCUUGCGUACGAACCAGCUUCAAGUCAUCAACGCUGCCAUGCAGAAGAAGAACUGCUUCGUACUCAUGCCUACAGGAGGAGGGAAGAGCCUGUGUUAUCAGGUCACUGCUCUCAUGGGUAAGGGAGUGACGUUUGUUGUCUCGCCGUUAAAAUCUCUCAUCCAGGAUCAAGUUCAGAGACUGACGUCAAUGAGGAUUCCCGCGACACAUCUCUCGGGAGACGUCACCAGUGACGAGGCAAUGAAGCACGUCAGUUCAGUUUAUCAAGACUUGUCAUUACGUCAGCCAAACCUUAAGCUGGUUUACGUCACACCCGAGAAACUGUCUGCUAGUGGGAAACUGAACUCUGCGCUAGCGAGCUUGCACAGUCGUGGUUUAUUGGACAGGUUUGUAAUCGAUGAAGCACAUUGUAUCAGUCAAUGGGGCCACGACUUUCGUCCUGACUACAAGAAACUCUCGCAGGUGAUGAACAAGUUCCAGGGUGUCCCUGUCAUGGCACUAACAGCUACUGCCACCCCCCGGGUCAGGACAGAUAUUGAAAACCAACUACGGUUAAACAGAUCUAAUUGUAAAAGGUUCUCUCAAAGUUUUAACCGUCCAAACCUAAAAUUCCAAAUUUUUCCUAAGAAGAAAACAAUGGAGGAAAUGACGAACCAGAUCAAGUCCAAGUAUCCGCAUUCCUCUGGUAUUGUUUACUGUCUGUCAAGAAAUGAAUGUAGUCGUGUAGCAGACAGUCUUAAAGCAGCUGGUAUUAAAGCUGUUGCUUAUCAUGCUGGAUUAAGUGAUCAACAGAGAGUACGAACACAAGAAAUCUGGAUCAAAGGGCAGGUCAAGGUGGUGUGUGCUACCAUAGCGUUUGGUAUGGGUAUCGAUAAAGGUGACGUACGUUACGUCAUUCACUACUCCAUGCCCAAGUCGCUAGAGGGGUAUUACCAGGAAUGUGGUCGAGCUGGACGAGAUGGCAAGAAGGCAGAGUGUAUUCUUUACUACUCGUAUAAUGACAUGCACAGAAUAAGAAGGAUGAUUGAUGGAGACCAGGUAGUCAAAGACGUCCACAUGGAUAAUCUAUACCGUGUCGUCCAGUUCUGCGAGAAUCAAACAGAAUGCAGAAGAGUGCAACUACUGCAUUACUUUGGAGAGACGAACUAUGAUAAGGCAGAGUGUCGUGAACACCAGGAGACCGUAUGCGACAACUGCUCUAAUACGUUGGACUACGUGGAGAAAGACGUGAAUGAGGACGCCAAGGCAUUUGUACGGACGGUCAAUGAGUUGGUACAUCAAGGUAACAGUACUUGGCAAAGACCAAGGAACCUUAGGUACCCUUUGAGCCACUUUGUGGAUAUUUUUAAGGGAUCAAAUAACGCGCGCGUUGUCCAAGAGGGUCACGAGCGCUGCGCACUGUUUGCACGUGGGAAAGAUUUCCAUAGAAACGACGCGGAGAGACUCGCGAGGAUGCUAGUCAUGAAGGAUGUCCUGGGAGAGAAGUUGGUUAUUGGUAACCAUGAGAACGUGAUUGGUUACGCGGUGCUUGGUUCUAAGGCUAUGCAUCUACUCAACGGAAGAUACAAGUUGCCACCCUUUUCAGUGCGAAGCGAGAAGGCUAGAGCGCAACCAAAGCCAAAAAAGAAGCGAAAAGGUACCACCUCGGAUGUCGGAACAGACGAUGUAUCCUCCACAGACACGGAUGUUCCCACAUGGAAUGAUGGUGGAGGUGACUAUGGGCACUCGCGCUAUUGGAAUGACAACGAAGUACAAGAAAGUACUCGAGGUGGGAAAAGAAAGCGUAAAACCACUUCAAAGAGGAAGCCUAGGACCGGCGUUUCAGAUGACCAGACUGGUUACUCCAGUGGUGGAUAUUCGUCUUCUAAUGGUCUGAAGGGCUUGCAGUACAGCAAGAAACGAGGAGGAGGCACAGCCAGGCAACCAACGAAGAAACAAAACACAGGGCUUGGUUUGAUGGCUCCACCACGACCAAUCAGUAGAUUCUAAUGCUUUCUCCAUGGCAACCAGGUUUGAGUCAAUGAGUAUGUAAUGUGUUGUAGCAAUGAGCCUGGUUCACAUCGUGACAUAAGUGUUAAAAAAUGUCUUGUUCAUAUUACGAAGACCAAUAUCGCCAUGGCAACCAUCCAGCUCUUGGCCAAUGAUCAUUUCCGUGCUUUUCACUUCAUUUUAUUCCCUUUAAAGUUAAUGAUGAUGGAUUUUUAUGAUAUAAUAUUCAAAUGACAAUCAAAUAAAGAAAUUCCAGUCCAAAUCCAAAACUAUCCUAAUCUUAAAACAAAUAUUUGGAAAAAUUCAACUACGCUAGAGCUAGAGCAGUUUUCACAUGACUAUGAAAAGCUCAGUGCUAUAAUCGUGCCGUGCCGUGAUUUUUUCUAGGAUUUUAAUUGGCUGAUUUUUUCUCGCCUAAUGUGAUUGGUCUGGCAGUGCCGUGACCGGGUAUGCCAUGUUGCGGGUAUUUGUUGGAUGGAGACUAAAUUCUCGCACAUGUGAUUGGACUGGUAUGCCUUACCGUGUCAUGACCGUGUUCGUGCCGCGAGCUUUUCACAGUCAUACGAAAACUCUUCAAGACUUAAAUUAUUGCUGUAACUUGCUAUUUAUAACGAACGAAAACCUUAAUUGCCGAUCAAUGAAACAGAUUUAGGCUUUGUUCCAAAAAGCAGUCUUGCAAAUUGCGAAUCAUAUUUAUCUUCAUUCAAAUUUCGAUGAAUGACGUUAAUGAAAAUAAAUAAAAGUAAGUUUUAUAAAGUUUUAUGAGUUUUAUGAAUUUUAAUUGGAACCAAAAAUGCUUCCCAUUACGUUUUUUUUUUUUUUUCCCCAAGCAAAACCGUUUAGUACCGACCCAUGUUUACAUCACAAUGUCAUACCCAGAGCCCACGUUCCUCUUGGAAUAGCACAGAGAAACGAGAGGCUCUGGGUAGUAGCCGAUUUUUUGAGUAUUCUGAUUGGUCCGAUAAAAACCAAUAAAAAAAGUUGUUCUACAAAUAUAAUGGUGCUGACAAAGAGGAACGGGGGCUCUGGGUGCGAGAUUAAUUAAACCAUUGAACCAUAUUCUAGGCAUGGUUUAUAUCAGUAAUUUCACAACAAUAUCACAAUUUCUACUGUUUGAGUAACUUAUAGUUUAUUACAGAGAACAAAAUAUAGAUUGCUAUAUAUACAGCUAGCUGAUAUCAGACAUCUAAAAAUAAAUAUCAUUUAUAGUUAUUAUCACGUCUAAUAUAUUUUAUUUCGAAUGGACUACUUCUCGGGGAUAAAUUAUUGGUUCCACUGUUAUAGACCCUUUGUAUAAAUGUACUAGAGUGAAGGCAAAAAAAAUACUAGUCAACGUGUAA